ACGGUCGUCUGUGAUUCCCGACGGAUAUGAAGACCCUGGUCAAUGCAGUUGCCCUCCUGGCGUUUGUCGCUGUCAGUGUCAGCGGUGAUGCUGAAGCUGAUGCUGAACCCAGCCGCUAUGGAGGUGGCUUCGGAGGCCAUGGGCUCGUGUCCUACAGACCCGUGUAUAGCAGCUACGGAUACGGACGCUGGAAGAGGAGUGCUGAGGCUGAGCCUGUAGCUGAGGCUGAGGCUGAGCCCGAAGCUGAUCCUUCCCGCUUCGGAUACGGCUAUGGCGGCUAUGGACACGUGUCCUACAGGCCCGUGUACAGCAGCUACGGUUACGGACGCUGGAAGAGGAGUGCUGAGGCUGAGCCUGUAGCUGAGGCUGAGCCCGAAGCUGAUCCUUCCCGUUUCGGAUAUGGGUAUGGCAGCUAUGGACACGUGUCCUACAGACCCGUGUACAGCAGCUAUGGGUACGGACGCUGGAAGAGGAGUGCUGAGGCUGAACCUGUAGCUGAGGCUGAGCCCGAAGCUGAUCCUUCCCGCUUCGGAUACGGACAUGGCGGCUAUGGACACGUGUCCUACAGGCCCGUGUACAGCAGCUAUGGAUACGGACGCUGGAAGAGGAGUGCUGAGGCUGAGCCCGGAUUCAGCUUCGGUCACGGUUUCGGAGGUCACGGUCGCUUCGGUGGCUACAGGGGCUAUGGAGGCUACGGCGGGAGCUUUGGAGGACAUGGUCGUUUCUAUGGCUGAAGAAUUUUGGUUCGAUGAAAAUGAAUAAAACUGAGCA